GUGAGAUCCUUUGGUACCGAAGAUCGUCCUACAGAUAGGCCUGCUCCCCCAAGAGAGGAAAUUUACGAGUACAUCAUUUUCCGGGGAAGUGACAUCAAAGAUAUCACUGUAUGUGAACCUCCGAAAGCUCAGCACACUCUCCCUCAGGAUCCUGCCAUUGUUCAGUCUUCUCUGGGCUCUGCCUCCGCCUCGCCCUUCCAGCCGCAUGUGCCUUACAGCCCCUUCAGAGGGAUGCCGCCCUACGGCCAGCUGGCAGCCAGCUCCCUGCUCAGCCAGCAGUAUGCUGCGUCCUUAGGUCUAGAGAAGUUGGUAAGCCCUCCAGCCUCAGCCGCUGCUUCCAGCCCUAGUUCUUCUCCAUCUCCACAGCCUGUUUCAGAGCUUGACAUGUCCUCAGAGCCACCUCAGCUCACUUCCAAGGGAGCUGGCUUUCCUUCUGCCCCUGUUGGCAAGAGCCCCAUGGUGGAACAGGCUGUCCAGACUGGCUCUGUCGAUAACCUGAAUGCCAAGAAGCUGUUACCUGGCAAGGGCACCACAGGGACGCAACUCAACGGUCGCCAGGCCCAGCCAAGCAGCAAGACCACUGGCGAUGUAGUCCCACCGGCAGCUGUGCACACUCAAGGGCAGGUGAAUGACGAGAACCGAAGACCUCAAAGGAGGCGGUCAGGCAACCGGCGAACAAGAAAUCGCUCCAGGGGGCAAAACCGUCCAACUAAUGUCAAAGAGAACACGAUCAAGUUUGAAGGUGACUUCGAUUUCGAGAGUGCAAAUGCUCAGUUUAACCGAGAGGAGCUUGAUAAAGAAUUCAAGAAGAAGCUGAAUUUUAAAGAGGACAAAGCUGAGAAGGGGGAAGAGAAGGACCCAGCUGUGGUGACUCAGAGUGAUGAAACUCCUGCUGAAGAAGACCUCCUGGGGCCCAACUGCUACUACGAUAAAUCCAAGUCAUUCUUUGACAACAUCUCCUCUGAACUCAAGACCAGUUCCAGGCGUACAACAUGGGCUGAAGAGAGGAAGCUCAACACGGAGACCUUUGGUGUGUCAGGGAGGUUCCUCCGCGGUCGUAGUUCCCGUGGUGGGUUCCGUGGAGGAAGGGGCAACGGGACAACCCGGCGCAACCCGACUUCCCACAGAGCUGGGACUGGCAGGGUGUGAAGAUGCAGCCUGAGCUCCUGCUGAAGAGCACAGAAGUGACGGCAAGGACACCACAGAAAUGCUCUGCACUGAACAGGGAAGGAGUGGGUCCCGUUUACUGAGUUGGAAAAUUCCCAUACUGCUACUUACGUUUUGGACUUAACUGAACUUAGACGUGGUCUGAGUUAAAACCACUUGUUUUUUGGGAAGUAUUCAUGGGUAACCUCUUUGAGGUAUCUUGACCUACGUUUCCUUUUUGGUUGCGCAUAGCCUAAUUCUAAGGUUUUGGCAUUUUCUAUAGUGAAGGUUUGAUCCUCACUUUGUGAUUUUCUUUUUUUAUGACAGCUUUGACUUUUAAAGUGGAACCAAAUCUCAUUUGGCACAUGCGGCCAAGUACAUUUCUGUAACCCAUCUGGCCCCUGGUGCUGCUGGCCUGGCACCCCCCCCCCCCCACCAUCAUUGGUAGGGUCUCAGGAGCCUGGCAGGGCCAGCACAGGGUGGGCCGGACAUGUGCGUGGGUGGGGCAAAGGCAGGGAAAGGGAUAUCCCAUGGAUCAUGUUGUGUAACAAAGCGGAGUGAUGUUGUUAGGGUUGGGGGCUGGCAGAGGGUGGUGGACUUGGUGGUACUGGGAAGGGACCCUGAACAUUACCUAUGCAGAGCCUGGCUUCCACAGGCACUGAGGCCAAGGGUUGAAGCCCUGAGCCACCCCAUACAAUGUUCCCCUGGCUCUCUUAUCCUGUCCUUACCAGCCUCUGACCCAGGUCAGUGUUGGACUCUUGUCCUCAUCCACUUGGAAAUGAGCCAGUCUUUUUUUGCAAGGUCAGUUGACCUUUUUUCCCUCUGGAUUGUAAAUAGUUCUUGUGUGUUUGUUUUAAAGGUGGGUGGAGGGAGGGUGGGGAAUAUAAAUUCGUUGCAUGAGUAAGAUGUGUCAGACCUCCAGUGUAAGCAUGCAUCCUUCUGAUUGACAGGGCAUUUUGUUGAAAAUAAGCACCUUGGUAACUAAACCCCUUUAAAUAGCUAUGAAGGCUUUAGUUCUGUAUUAAGUCAUUAUAAAUGCUUGGGUUUAUUUUUGUAGGACUUCAUGGCUGAGAAGUAGAACAUAGCAUUGGCACUGCUUUGUUUGGGAAAUGUAAAUUGUAAUUAUAAAUAAAUAUGCAAACCCUUAAAACUUU